CCCUUUUGGCCCCAUUUCUAACUGGCCUCCUCUUCAAUCUUCAUCUACAGAGAGGGGAACUAGUGCAUGUCAAGCAUUUUUCUCUACUUUUUUGCUUUGUAAUAUUUUCUCAUUGCUUCUUUCCACUUUUUAUGGAAAGUGUUCGCAGUCAAUAUCUAGAGCUUCACUUGAAAACGAGUGGAUCCAAGAACACCCCUUGAUUUGUGGGGAAAAAAAAAAAAUUGCUUGCAGAUGAACCAAUUGGCCCAGAUAGAAUUAAAGAACUCUGUUCAAAAGUCCAAAUCAAAACCUUCAACAAUCCAUUAUUUAACCAAGUGAACCCGUCUCAGCUACCUUCACAUGCACACGACGAAACACAAUCCUCCUAAGUCCUAUCUCCUACUUUUUUUAUUAUUAUUAUUUUAAUCACUCUUUGCUUCCAUUAUAGCUUUUCAGUACUCCUUCCUUCAACUUUUCUCUCACCCUUCCUCCCUCUAAAAAUGUCCCUUGCUUGUUUCCAGUCCUCUUGCAAUCUAUUAGCAUCAUGUUUUGCAGUUUUUUUCUUGGUUUUGCUUCAAACCAAGAUUGCAACUUCAGCUUUGAUAAUGAGCAUGAGAAACCACCAUAACAACUACCACCAUAGAAGGCCAAUGCUGCACACUAAUCAAAGUACCUGUGCAUUGUUUGUUGGCUCUUGGGUUCGUGAUGAAUCAUACCCAUUGUACCAAUCUUCUAAUUGCCCAACCAUUAUUGACGCUGAAUUCAAUUGCCAAAUGUAUGGUAGGCCUGACUCUGAAUAUCUCAAGUAUAGAUGGCAACCGCUCAAUUGUGAGCUCCCAAGAUUCAAUGGGCUUGAAUUCUUGCUAAAAAUGAGAGGGAAAAGUAUAAUGUUUGUGGGGGACUCACUAGGACGGAAUCAAUGGGAGUCUUUGAUUUGCAUGGUUUCAUCGUCGGUGCCUCGAACUUCUACACAAAUGAGCAGAGGAGAUCCCUUUUCCAUCUUCAAGUUCUCGGAGUACGAUGUGACUAUAUCAUUUUACAAAGCUCCAUAUUUGGUAGACAUAGAUGUGGUGCAAGGGAAGAGAGUACUGAGGCUAGAGGAGAUUUCGGGAAAUGCCAACGCCUGGCGAAACGCCGAUGUGCUGAUGUUUAACACCGGUCACUGGUGGAGUCACAAAGGUUCUCUCCAAGGAUGGGAUUACAUGGAGUCAGGAGGCACAUAUUACAAAGAUAUGGAUCGUUUGGUUGCUUUGGAAAGAGGGCUAGGAACAUGGGCUAAAUGGGUGGACGCCAAUAUUGACACAACUCGAACCAGAGUCUUUUUCCAGUCCAUCUCUCCGACGCAUUACAAUCCAAGUGAAUGGAGCGCGGGCACGACUACAGCAACAACGAAAAAUUGCUAUGGAGAGACUGCACCUGUGAGUGGAUCAACAUACCCCGGAGAAUACCCUGAUCAAAUGAGGGUUGUGGAUACUGUGAUCAGGGGCAUGCAAAAUCCUGCAUAUUUGUUGGACAUCACAAUGCUCUCAGAGUUGAGAAAAGAUGGGCAUCCUUCAAUUUACAGUGGCGACUUGAGCCCCCAGCAGAGGGCCAAUCCUGAUCGAUCUGCAGAUUGUAGUCAUUGGUGCCUUCCUGGACUGCCUGAUACCUGGAAUCAAUUGCUCUACACUGCCCUGUUCUUUUAAGUCUGGUUUAUUAUGAUUUGUUAACUACUAAUUCAAAUGGUAUACGUGUUAGGAGAGCUGCAUGAUUUGCAACCCUCUUGUCUUCUAUUGUUGGAUUGAUCUUUAGACCAAGAUCAAGCUAUAGAAUAUAUAUGUUCCAGUUAGUCGGUCGGCCUUGUAAAUUAAUGAUAUUGUUCGCCACGAGAAAUAAGAUAACUUAUUUCUUUGUUUAAGUAACGUGGAGCGCGCUUGGCUGAUUUGUUCA